UGUAAACGUUUUGCAAUUUGAAACAGGGCAAUACCACCACCCAACUAACGAAGAAGAAGAAGAAACCACACUGCUUCAGCUACAGACAGCAUAUGGCGACUGAACUCGAAGAAUUGAUACAGUUUCUUUCCUCUCCUUCCCCUCAAUUGAGGAAAGCGGCCAUAGACAUUGUUCAAGGUCUAACUGGGUCUGAGGAUGGGAUGCAGUCUCUUGCCAAGUAUCCCGACGUCCUGCUGCCAUCGUUAGCUCGACUCUUGAAAGAACAAAAGGAUGUUGCAGAACGUGCAGCUGAAGCUCUUGUAAAUCUUUCACAAAAUUCUGAUCUGGCUGGAAAGAUGAUAAACUUGGGACUGAUUGGAGAAGCUAUGAAUCUUUUGUAUAAUGUGGACUCUAGCAUUAGCCAGUUGCUAGUAAUGCUUCUGGUUAAUCUAACACAGUUGGAUGCGGGUAUUGCUUCAUUACUUCAGACUGGAGAUGACAAGAUGCAAGGUCUCUAUGUCAUGAAGAUUGUCAGAUCAUUUUGUCGUUCAGCAAGUGAAUCUAGAGAUGAUCCCUUUGAGCACGUCGCUUCCAUACUGGUAAAUAUAUCAAAGAAGGAAGCUGGAAGGAAGCUUUUGCUUGAUCCUAAUCGGGGACUUUUGAAGCAGAUAAUUAGGCAGUAUGAUUCAAAUAGUCAACUGCGGAAGAAUGGAGUAUUUGGAACUCUCAGAAAUUGCUGCUUUGAAGCAGAAGAUCAACUACAAAAUUUACUCUUGAUAGCUGAGUUCCUUUGGCCAGCUUUACUUCUCCCUGUUGCUGGUAACAAGGUUUAUAAGGAGGAGGAUACAUCAAAAAUGCCACUUGAGCUUGGAACUGCACUUUCAAUUGAGCGUGAGCAAAUUGAUGAUCCUGAAAUUCGAGUUCAUGCAUUGGAAGCCAUAUACAUGAUCAUAUUACAGGAUGCUGGGCGGAGAGCAUUCUGGUCUAUCAAUGGACCAAGAAUACUGCAAGUGGGGUAUGAAGACGAGGAAAACCCAAAAGUAAUGGAAGCAUAUGAGAGAGUUGGCUCACUACUGGUUAAUAGCGGUGGCGACGAGGAACCACACGAUUGAGGAUGAGAUGUUCAGGCAACUUUGUUGGCGAUUCGUAUCCUGGUUAUCAAGUGCUACUUGCGAGAGUCAGAAUUGCUAUAGAUUAACAUCUCAAGUGCUUAAAAACAAAUAUCUUUUUACUUUAAAAUAUGGGCAGCCAGAGGAGGAAUAGGAGAAACAAGAUUACGUGCGUGGUACCAUAGUACAUCUGUUUCGGGUAUAAUAUUUCUUUUAAACACUUAGAAAGUGAGAUACUAAUCCGUGAGAUGAUCAUGAAUGAAUAAUGUAAUUUAUUUAUAGCCUAAGGCUUUCAAUCAUGUUUUUGAGUGUUAGCGUAUUGAUUUGAGAGAACUAUUUUCUUCGAAUGUUAAUUUUGUUUUUUGGUUUUUUCUUUUUCAGAAGGAAAACAUGAGUAGUUUAAUAUAACUUUUUGGGGGUGAAAGGCAAUCCUAGGAGAAUUUUAACCAUUUGAGAAUCACUUAUGUACCAACUUUUAAAAAGUAGCUUUCCUACAAAAUAAUAAGAUGUAAUAUACUGUCUUUCACAUUUA